AUUGUCAUUACCAAGGAGAGAGAGAAAGAAAUGUAAGAUCGAGGAGAGAGAGAGAGAUAAGCUUUUCUUUUAGAGAGAGAGAGAGAAAGAGGGUGAAAUAUAUGAAAGCAGUGAGAAGUAGAAAUGGUAACGGACCAGGAAAUUUCGCAGGCUCUGCAAACCCUAAUUCAGGAAUCGUCCAACAACAGCGGAAUCAACUCUUUAAACGACCUUGUUCAGGAGCUGGAGAAGAAGCUAGGCCAAGACCUUUCCCACAAGGCUGAUUUCAUCCGAAACCAGAUCCAUUUCAUCUUCCGAGCUCACCCCACUGCGCCCCAGCAACACCAACAACCCCAGCCCCAGCACCAGUCUCAGUCUCAGCCUCACCCUCCGCCUCCUCAGCUCAAUGAUCGUUUUGCUCCUCACCAAAACCCUAAUUUUCACCCUACUCCAUCCGCCUUCCAGACUUUUUCUAUCCAUCCUCAGCCACCGCCGGUUAACCACGCGGUCACCGCCAAAGAUGAGCCCGUUUCUGCUACCGACCGCCCUAAAGAGGGUACUCAAACUAAACCUAAGAGGAAAGGUGGCCCAGGGGGACUAAACAAACUUUGUGGUGUUUCACCAGAACUUCAGACUAUUGUUGGCCAGCCUGCUCUUCCAAGGACUGAGAUAGUUAAGCAACUGUGGGCUUACAUAAGGAGGAAUAAUCUCCAAGAUCCUAGUAACAAAAGGAAAAUAAUAUGCAAUGAUGAGCUGCGAUUGGUAUUUGAGACGGACUGUACUGAUAUGUUCAAAAUGAACAAAUUACUUGCUAAACAUAUUAUACCUCUCGAACCUUCAAAAACUCCUAAGAAGGCUAAGGUGGAGGUUGAGUCUGGUGCAAAGGGCACAGAUUCUGGUCCUUCUGUGAUUGUAUCUGAAGAACUUGCAAAGUUUUUUGGUGUUGGUGGAAGGGAAAUGCUCCAGUCAGAGGUUUUAAGACGUAUCUGGGAAUACAUUAAGGUCAACAAUCUUGAGGAUCCUUUAAACCCCAUGGCUAUAAUAUGUGAUUCAAAGCUUCAAGAGCUCUUUGGUUGUGAUAGCAUCUCCACACUGGGGAUGCCAGAGGCUUUGGCACGCAGCCAUAUAUGCCAAAAACCUUGAUUGGCUGUUUUCUGUUGCAGAUCAGUUGGUAUUUGCUCGUUGAUAUCGAUGAUAGGGAAGCUAUAGUUAUCUAUAUAAUGUAUGAGGUCGUGGCCAAUAUUUGUUAGUGGCGCCAUGGAUCUAGGGUUAUGGAUUGACUGACUAGUUAGGUUAGAAUGACCCGUGGAAAUUUCUAACACCUGUAAAAAAGGGCAGAAGUAGAAGGAAUGGUUGAAGAAAAAAACACAAAGUAUCAUGUAUUUAGUUGUUAUUAGCUCAUUUUCAGUGUUGAAUGAUGUUUAUUUAUUUAUUUUGUUUCAAUGGUCUGCAGCUUACAAGUUCUGUACGUAUUUUCAUGGUUUUUUAUUUAUGUAUAGGCCUUGUUCUUACAAUACCCCAUGUAAGGAUAUAAUUCCCCUUGUUAAAUACGUUCAUUAUUUUUUUAUACAAAAUGGGGAUCGGAUGUCUUCCCCCAAGUUCGCAUA